AUGUUAAGAAGUGCUUUCAAGGGAUCGUUUCCUGCUAAAGUCGGUGGUUUCAGAACGUUUUCUACUGUACCAGCCAAGAUCUAUCAAUUUGAAGACAUUCAAAAAUUAGUUGCCAAGCCUGAUCCGCACAAGGUUCUAGUCGAUGUGAGAGAACCUAGUGAAGUGAAAGAAUUUGCAUUACCUACAGCUAUCAAUUUACCUCUAAAGACUGCACCAGGUGCGUUGAGUUUGGACAAUGAGGAAUUUCAGAAGGUUUUCCAUAUCCCAAAGCCUUCUGCGGAUAAGGAGUUGAUUUUCUUUUGCGCUGCCGGGAUUAGAGCUCAAGCAGCUGAAGAACUAGCUAGAUCUUAUGGUUAUGAGAAGACUGGAGUAUGGCCUGGUUCGAUCAAUGAAUGGCUGCAGAGGACCCAACCAAAGAAAUGA